UUUAGAGGACAAUUAUUCAAUCUGUCUCCAAAGAUGAUCCAUCAUUUAAUGGCAAUGCAUACAUUUCAUUGGCUGUUAUCUACACAUUUUUUGCUCUUGGAAACUGGCUUUCCCCCUCAUUGAUUGCUUCAAUUGGACCCAAAAUGUCAAUGGUCAUUGGAAGCUUUACUUAUUUGUUAUUUAUAGCUUCAUUUUUUAAACCGAUGACAUGGCUACUUUACUUUGCUUCUGUUGUAAUGGGACUAGGGGCUUCCAUUAUUUGGACAGGCCAGGGAAACUAUCUCACUCUGAAUUCUGACGAUACUACAAUUUCUAGAAAUUCUGGAGUAUUUUGGGCUUUGCUACAAUGCAGUAUGCUGUUCGGCAACUUCUUUGUAUAUAUGGCAUUCAAUGAGCCAGUAAUUGAACAUAAAACAAGAUUGCUCGUUACCAUUGUUUUAUCAGCUCUUUGUGGUAUAGGUUGCAUUUUUAUGUUACUUCUGCGACCAGCAAUAUCAGCCUCUGGAAUUGUAGUACCCCAAAGAAAUUCAGGGCCUAUUCAAGCUUUUGUUGAAGCUGUUUCUCUAAUGAGACAGAAAGAAAUGGCUCUACUAUGCAUCACAUUUUUCUAUACAGGAUUGGAACUUUCUUUCUUUAGUGGUGUCUAUGGUUCAUGUAUUGGAGCAACACUAAAUAUUAGUGACAAUCCAAAACAGUUAGUUGGCCUCUCUGGUAUACUGAUUGGAAUUGGAGAAAUUGCAGGAGGUCUUUUGUUUGGAUUACUCAGUUCUAAAACAGCCAAGUUUGGUAGGGAUCCUAUAGUUCUUCUGGGAUUCAUCGUUCACAUUGCCACUUACUUUUGUAUUUUUCUAAACUUACCUGACUCUUCUCCUUUGCAAGAUACCACUGACAAUGCUAUCAUUAGAAGCAAUGGUUACUUAGCGAUUGCAUGUAGCUUUCUUCUGGGUUUUGGAGAUAGCUGUUUCAACACUCAAAUUUAUGCUGCUAUUGGGACAAUAUUUUCUGAUGAAAGUGCCCCAGCUUUUGCAGUAUUUAAAUUUAUUCAGGUAAUAUAUUACAAAUUAGUGUUGGACCUUAGCCUCCUCAAUGAGUCCACCAGGUCAGCCUAUCCUGGGCUGUCUCUCACCAGUUGCUGGUGUCCAGCGCCCCUCAAUUCUCCAUUUUCCCAUAUUAAUGGAGGACUGCCUAUUCCUCUGGUCCCGUACACUCCCCAAAGUGAUGUUGGGGGAAGAAUUGAAAGCAUAGCUGCUGCUGCGGCCUUUUUCUACAGUAAUGCUUUAGGACUUUAUAUUCAACUUGGAAUAUUAAUUGCAACUGCUGUUUUGGGUACUGUAACAUUUUGUUUGACUGAGAGGAUAGUAAGGAGAAAAGAUAGCAGCUCGGACUCAGACAGUGAGAGCAAAUAAUUGUCUUCCUCACCUGCUUGGAUAUGCCCUUCUUUACUAUUCUUCUAUUGUUUAUUUUCUAAUUUUAUUUUCUUAUUGACACAUUCCUAAUUAUUUCUAGAAAUGGCUAUAUUUUAGUUUGAUUUCUUAGCUGUAUCAAAAUGUGUGGUAGCAUUUAUGAUAAGGUGUUGAAAUUUAUUGUGAUGUUUAGUUCCUUGAUUUGGCUUCCUAUAGAAUGAUUAUGUAGACUUAGUACUAAAUAAUUUAAAAUAACUAGUAAGCUCAAAGCAAAUUUUCAUUUCAACACUUUUUUUUUUUUAAAUUGGAAAGGAUUUGAUGAAAAUAACUGUUCACUUAAAAAAUUGAAUUCCUAUUUUUUAUUCAACCAAUAAGUGGGCCUUAAGUCCUGUAUUUAUUUUUAACAGUAAUGUAUAGAUUUAAAUUUUAUCUUUAAAUACUAAAUUAUACCUGAACUCUUAAUUAAAAUAGGCCAUCCUAAUCUGUGCCUUCAUUAAUUGCCAGUGAGGCUGUUUUGUAAUAUUGAGGUUCAAUGUAAACUUCAGAUCUAGAAGAUUGAAAUGGAAGUUGUGAAUAAUUAAUUAUAUAUGACUGGUCAGCAUAAUAAUGAUCAUUUAGAAACUAAUUACUGGUCAUGGAUUCUUAAUUACUUAUCUCGUAUCAAUCACUUAAAUUUAAAAUUAACCCCGUAAUGUAAAUUGUUAGGCACUGUUUACAUCGGCAAUAAAAAUUGCAGAUUACUGAUAACAAUAAAUUCCUUCAGGGCAAUAGUGCCUGCCAUAUGUCGGUCAGAAUGUUUGUUAAUAUUGCUGAGCAAUAUAUAAGACGAUAGAUUUUCAGAAAGAAGUAUUCAAAAUGGCCAUAUACACUUUCCUCUGUGGUGUAUUUGAAAAUGGGUAAACAAGAAUUCCUCUUGACGCAAUUCUCUAUAAAAAACUGAGGAAAAAAGAGAAAUUGGUCUGUUGUGAUUUGGUACUAAAUAGCUAGCUCAUCCAGAAUUUCAAGAUAGGAUUUUAAAUAUUUUGUAAAUAAGAUUAGGCCUAGAAUCGGCAAGAUUAAUACCAAAAUGAGAAACUGUAGUAUAUUGUAGCAAUUCCAACCAGGUUGAUGACCAGCCUUCGAUUUCUGGAUAUCAGUGACUCUUGCAAGAGUUUUAUUUACUUUAAAAUAUAAUUUUCAUCAAUAUGACUUUUGAUACAAGAAGUUUGGAACCCUAUGGUACAAGUACUAAAGGAAAUCAUUAAGAUGGAUUUAAAAACAUAUUAAAAUAAAAUGAUCUAAAUUUAAUAUAAUUAAUUAAUUAGUUAAAUAAAUUGUGAACAAUUCCUUUUAUUUUUGUUUUACUUUAUUCUUUUACAUCUUCAACAUUUCAGAAUUGUUUCCUUCUCUUCAGAAAUACACUUAUUAUGCACAAUUCCUAUCAGUUGAUGUAUCCAUUAUUAACUAUUUCACUCAUUUAUUGCUAUUGCAUCCAUAAAAAUUAUUUUGUCAUAUUUAAAAAAAAAACGUUUUUAUGAAUGCAUGACCUUUUAUAUAUUUUUAAUGAGAAGUAAAACAUUUAGUUGUGGACAUUCUAAUAAAUUGAAAAGUUCAUAAUAAGUGUAUUACUUAAAUUUUAAAAUAAAAGGAAGUGUGGACAAUGUUUCACACAUCACAAAUACUCCACAAAAUCCACUAGCCCUAUCACUUUCCUUCGCCCUUUUACACGUAAAAUAUAAACAACACUUUAAGGAAAUGUAUUUUAAGACAAUGUUCCCAUUUAUAAAAUUACUUAUUAAUGGCAUAUUUGUUUUCAAUUAUGAAUAUUAAUCUUUUUUUCUUUCCAAUGCCUUUUAUUAUAUUCUUAUGGAAUUGGAUGUCUGAAUUCCAAAGAAUUAUAUUGUUAAUAUAUUAUUAAUCAACUCUUUAGUAACUGAAAUAUCUGUUUGACAGGGAUCCAAUUAUUAUCUUAGCUGACCAUUCUAUUCUACAGAAAUACUAAAUUUAAUGGAAUCAAUAGAAAAUUAAUUUUUCAAACAUUGUUUAUUCUACAUUUCUCAGGUACUAUAGGAAGGCAAAAGCAUGAAAAAUCAACUUCACACUUGGAAAAAUAAAAUGAAGUAGAUUUGAAUAUAGAAUCGGCAUUUAGCAAACCUUUUUUUAUUUGUUUUACUUUUUGGCAAAUAAAUUCAUUGCAUGGUUUUGAUUUUUUUUUUGCUAUUGAGCCUGGAAUGAUUUUGCAACAAUAUCUUUUUAAACUUCUUAUUUACCUUGUUUUAUUGUGAUUGAACAUGAUAUCAUAUUCAUUCUUGUGUUAAGCAUGAAACAAGCCUUUCUUGAUUAUUUUUUUAACCUUUUUUAAAAUGUUUUAGCUCUUAACUUAUUUCAAUGAAUAACUUUUGCUUUUGCAUGAUCAUUCUUGUAAUUAGUUUUCUUGCAUAAUUAUUAUUUUACAUGUUAUGUUUUUGAGAAUAUAUUUACUAUUUGUAUUUCAGUUAAUCAAAAUUUAAAUAAAAACAAUUUUCCAAUAUUUUUAAAGAUUGAUUGUUGAAUUGGGUUUUGAUGCAAUGAUGGUCUUAUAUUGAAUAUUGUUUUUGCCUGAGUAGCUGUUUUAUAUGUAUAAAAAUUAUUUAAAACUGUUUUUAAUGUUUCCCAUAAAAUAUAUCAUCUUAAAAAUCUCACAGUUCAGUAAUUUCAAUUGACAUUUUAACUAAUGAGAAAAAUGACCAAUCCAUAGUACUAAAUUUUGAGAAAACUAUAAUUUAUAUUUAUUGAUUCGUUGGAGUGCAAGAUUAAAAGAGAGAGAAAGAAAAAUCCUUUUUUGGAAGAUUAUGUUGAUAAUUAAGUGAAAAUCAGAUUUGAAUUAAAUUUAACAGCACAAUAAUAUUUUUUUUUCGAUAUUGAACUGAUGCCAAAUUGUCAGAAAAUAAUUAAUAAUUAUUGAAAGUACAAUAAUUAUUUUUAAAAUAUUAUUUGAUAAUAUUGAGUUAGAAUAAUAAAUACAUCAACAAAUAAUUUUCAUAAAAAGAUACUGAAUAGAAAAUGUUUUUUUAUUUUUCUUCCAUAAACUUGAUAUAAAAUGAGUUGUAACUAUGUAAAUAACUCUGAUUCAUUCUUUGGUAGUUAUGGAGUGAUUUUGUUUAAUGAGUAAUGUAUAUUACUUUUCAUUUGUAUAAAUAUUAUUUUUUAAUAGUUGACUUAUAAACCUAUUAAUUCAUAGUUGGAUAACUGUUAUUCUAGCUCAUAUGUUUUAUUAUUCGUAUGUAUCUUGUAUUUUUUGUUAUGUAUUUUAUUACAUCAAAUAAUAAUUGUUAUUCUAAUUAUGACUAACAUAUAAUAUUGAAAGAUCUGCUGAUAUUCGUUAUCAAUUGUUUUUGUUUAGAAAAAUUAUAGUUCUAUUAUUCAUUAUUUUGAACAUUAUUAAUCAUAGUGUAUUAAUUCUUAUUUUGAUAAAACCCGACCUCAUAAAACUAUUGUUAUAUAAAAUAAGUCAUGUUAAUUGCUAAGAAACAUUUAAGUAUUGAAUACUUAGAAUAAUAUUGUCAAUAUAAUAGUUAAAAAUACAUGAUAAAAUCGUAAAAAUAAAAACUAAUUGGUUAAAACAAAACAGUUAACUUUAUGCUGAUGUUUAAUGAUUUCUGAGCAAAAAAUUGCACUCUUUAACCUGCAGUUUGAAAAAUUGUUUACUUGCAUACAUCCAGAAAAAAAGAGACACAACUCUAAAAGUAUUAAUGUUUUUCCUGUAACUCAGCUGUUUGUCAGUCCAAGUUUUUGGUAUGUGUCCUUUUUAUUCUGAAUUAUUAUAUGUCUACUGUAUAAUAAUAGUAUAUUACUUUUACAUUAUUUUAGAACUAAUUAUAUUUUUGUUUUUGUUUUUUAUUGACAUCUUUUCUAGGAAUCGUAGAAAAUGAAGAAAUAAAUGAAGAUUUGCCACCAUAAAUGAAAGCAUAUGUAUCAAUAAUAUUUGUUGAGAGAAACAAGCUGUUUUUAUUUUUUUAAUAAGUUAAUAAUAAGAAUACAUGGGGUAUCUAAUGAUAUCAUUAGGAGCGUUACAUUGAUACAUUUUUUUUUUAUUAUGGAAAGGUUUUCAGAAACAUUAGCUUUUCAGGAACAUAGGAAUAGAAGAACAUCAUUUAAAGGGAAAAAUAUGACUAAUUUCUUAUUUUCAAAAAUAUAUUUAGGUUAAUUUUACUUACUUGUUGUUUUACAAUAUUGUUGAUCCAAAAUGUUUUUUUUAAUGUCUAUUUUCUUAAGUGUGCAGAAAAUUUCUCAUAUUUUCUCACUAAAAUUGUUUAUUUCAGUUAAAGGUAUAUAGGAUAUAUUACUAUAAGGUAAUCCUAGUCAUAUAACAUAAUAAGUUCGUCUCUGAUUGAAUAACAGUAGUUUGCAAAGCAAGUGCAAUAAAGUUAAUAAGACUAUUUUUUAAGGGUAAACAGUUUUUAUUGUUUAACAAUGUGGAUAUGUAGUUGAAUCAGAGGUCUUUUUAACAAAAUAGUUUCAUAUUUGCUGAAUAUACAGGUUUUUAACCAUUUGUUCAAGAAAAGUAUUUAUAGUUGCACUUUAAUCAAGCUUUUAUUUGAAGCCAGCUGGUGUUAUGAUCCAUUAAUUUAAUGGUUCCAUCUCCUUGGAUAUUGGAUUCUAGAUUGAAUAUUAGGAUCACAUAUAUGGUUUGAAAACCUGAUCUAAAAAUGUAAUCAAAAUUAAAAAUUAUUAAUUCUUCAGAAAUAUUUUUGUAUUUACAUCAAUAGUGUUGAAAUGUCUUAGUAAAGUUGAGUCAGUGACUAGUUAAUUGAAAGUCACUUAUAUAGCGUAUGUCUUAUCUGGAUCAUUAAAGUCAUGAUUUGUGCUAUAGUAUAUGGUUUUUAUAUGUAAACAUAAAUUUUAAUUAUGAAAUUAAUUCCUUUGUUUGACAUUAAUUCUUGUAUAUAAUGCAUUUUAUAAGCCAUCCGAAUUAUGCUCAAUGAGAAAUCUAGAUGAUUAUUAAAAAUGAAUAUUUUGUAAAAUAUCAAUUAUAAAUUUGUAUGAUAUGUAUUCAAUAUACAUAUAAUAUAUGUAUGUAUGUUGUGUGUAUAUAUAUUAUUUUAAUUGUAAGAUAUGUAAAUAAAAUUUUGUUUUAUUUUUCUUCUA